AUGAAAUUGCCAGUUGUGGUUUUUAGAGUUGGUGAAAUUGGCUUUCAAAAGUUGUAUGUUGUUGAGAAGCAUGAAGACAUUGACUACCAGAAAAUGGUUCGCUUGAUAGAUAAUUUCACUCUGCAAACAAAACUGGAAAACGGAGGAAUCAGAAAAGAAACUUUACGUUCCCUUUGUAAUUUAGCAUCGACAGAAAGUGACAGAAAACUUAUACAGUUUGCUGCUUGUGAAGCAAGUAAAUACUCAAAUAAAAAAGCUCAGAAUGCGUUUGGAAUUCAAAGUGUCUCGAAGCUAAAAGAUGAUGUAAGGAAUGCUUUAAACGAAGCUAAAAGAAUAAGAGAGGAAGUAGCCGAGUUAGCUCUGGUCAAAGAGAAGUCAGCUCUUCGUUGUCUUGGUUUCUACACAUGUGAAAGCGAAUCAUCUGACAGUGAUACUGAAAAUGAAACUACACAAAUGUCUGAAAGAUCUGGGCUACCCAUUGAUUGGAUCAGUGAUGAGGAAAGUAAUGAGGAAAGAAAUGAGGACUGUAGUAAUAAGGCAGAUUCAGAUAGUUUCAUACAUGAAAAUCCAGCAGAUAUUUUGGUAUGCAAACAUCCAGAAGCUAAAGAUAAAAACAGUAAUGAUCUCAAUACUACUAGCCCUCAAGAAAAGGAAGGAAGAGGCACACAACACAUGGAUCCAGAUAAAGAUCUCAACAAGCAGCGUCAUGUAUUUUCACCCAACCAUGACCAUUUACUUCUUAUGUUGAGAGAAAACAAUUUGAAUUGGUUUUCUUUUGUUGGAGAGCUGCUUCUGUUGAUGCGACAAUACAGCUUCGAAGUUGUCAACCAAGUUCUUGUGGACUUCAGUCAAAAUCUGUCUACAAUGGACUUAAAUGAUGAAGAACAUGAGAGGGUGGAAUUAUCUAGACAAGCAUAUUUAAGAGAGCGGAAACAACAAUUAGCUGUUGAAAACAAGACUGGUUUGACUGAUUCAGAGAGCGAUGACCCUGAGGACUGGGUGAGUUUGAACCUGAAAUCAGAAAAAGGAAAAAAAGUUCUAUCAAAACAGAGAGAGAUAUUCAAGAGGUUGGCAAAGAGAAAGGCAGCUAAAGAAAUAGCUGAAAAGAACUUGCUGAAACGCAAAGUACCUAAAAAAGUUAGUUCCAUAUUAAACAAAUUUCCAAACAUUGGUAAAGACAUUGAAGAUUUUGUAUCCAGUAAGAGGUGUGGGGCAGAUUCAUGGCGGCGUACUGGUGUUACCACUUUUGAUGGCAACAGAAAAAAAGGACAAAAAGUAUCUUUCCGUUCUAUUCAACAACAUUUACAGACCAAAUACAAGAGUAAAAUUGGAUAUGGCACUAUUGUACAAUUAUGCGUAGUUCGUAAUAAAAGGAAACUCUCAUCAAAAAGAUACAAAGGUAUAGCAAAGGUGACAUGCCGCAGAGCAAGAAAGGGAUUUUCUUUAAAAUUUAAUCCUGACGCUCACUAUAGUUGUUCUAUGUAUAAAAUACUGGACAAACUCCAGUUGACUGAUGGGACUGAUAAGAUCAUCUUAAAUCGAGAUGAUCAAGCCGGUUUUAGGCUUGACACCACGUACACUCACUGUCAACAUAAAGCUCUGUAUACUGGUGACCAGGAAGUAACAACCCGCACAGAUUUUGUAAACAAAUAUUCAUCUGUCUUACAAACUUCUUCAUAUUUAUUCAUGGAAACAGCAACAAAUGAGGAAAGAGCAGCUGGUUUAGUGAAGAACCAUUAUUUUUUUAAAAAGAAUCCAUCUCAACAUGCAUCUGAUUUGAAGUACCUGAAAACAACUCCUGAGUUUAAAGAUGACCUAAUGCAAAAAUCUGUAGAUUGUGUGAGGGUAGAUGGAGCCACAGAUGAGAGACCAAAUAUUUUGGAAGUUCAGUUUCUUUGGACAGAGGUGCAUGUUAGUGAAGGAAAAGUGUGUACUUGUAUAACUGCCAGAAAUAGUGGAGGAAGUUUCUUAAACCGUGUCGAAUUAGUCAAUGGAUGUAUAGCAAGAGCACAUAGUAAUUGUUUUAUCCCAUCCACGCUCAAUGGAUCAAAUUUUGAUAAAGAUGGUCUAAAUGAAGGAAAGCUGAAAGAAAAUUUUGAAGCAGCUACAGAAGUGUAUAUUGACAGAGUACAAGAUGCCCCUUUUGGAAAUACGUCUAUCAAGUUCUUUAAGGGUGCCAAUGAUAAAUAUGCUACAGAUUUACAGGAGCGAAGAGACAAGCUGUUAGUCUUUUUACAUGGUUCAAAAGCAGCAAAGCAAGCUCUUUGUGAAAACAAUCAAGUACUUUACAACUACUUUGAAGAAAUUUGGACAGUUAGAAACAACCACUUAGUUACAAAUCUUCCAGAGCAAUAUGUAUUUUUUCUGUAUGCAUGCUACAAGCAAGGAUGUAUCCACCCAUUAUGCAAACAAGGCAUUCCUUCAUCAAAACCAAAGUGGUUUAUUAAUGGACCAAAUCUCAGUGAUCUUCCCUUGCCUAUCAAAGAUCCCAAUAGGCCCUGGGGUGGUGAAUGUAAAGAUUGUACAACUGGAUUUUGUGCGGGACAUUACUUAUCUGCAGAGGAUGCAAUAGCAUAUGUACUAAAGAAUGGCUUCAAAGAUUGCAUUACUGAACCACCCUCUGUUGUCCUUAACAAGGAGUUUCAAAAGCUUAAGACAACUGAUGCUGAUUCUAUAAGUGAUGAUGUCAUUCAAGAAUGUGCAAAGAAAACCUUUUUGGAAAAAAGGGAAGUGAGAAUGUGGUUUAGUCAUUUGUCAUUAGUUAGCAAACGCCGAAAGGCAGGUGCAGUCAAAGCAGCAGUAACUCGUAAAGCUAAUAAAGCAAAUCAGCAGGCUGAGGAAAAAUGUGGACAUUGUCCUUGUGGAAAGGUUGAUGAUAACUUUAUGAUCGGAUGUGAUGGCAACAAAUGCAAGUUUGAGUGGUUCCACUACAACUGCGUAGGCCUUGACUCAAUGACAAUACCUGAUGAUGACUGGUAUUGCCCAGAAUGUUCUGAUGAACGUCCAAAGACUGUUAGGAAAAAAUAA